AUGGAGUUCAUGGCCGUCCUCAUCAACAUCUUGCCCUUGGUCCCCGAAGCAUGCCGCAACGCGGAGAAGCCGCCCGUGGCGCUGAUCUCGUGCGGCGUCGUCGAGGCCGCCGCGGUGGUCUUUCUCGUGGCGUUCAGGGCGCCUGGAGGCAUAUUUGAGCACAAUGGCAAGGCGCCCUACUACGUGUACUACGGCAUUACCGGAGGUGUGGGCGUCUUCGGCUUCGUGGAGGCCUCGGUUGGCUUCUGGAUCACUGGAGACCUCAACGGCCGGCGUGCCGUCGGCAAGACGGUCCUGUGGAUGUCCAUCUUGCCUCUCGUCCUGGUGGCUGCUCUCGGAGGCUUCGUCUUCAUGAAAUAG